GCUGAUUGAUUACUCAAUUUAAACACCUCUUCUCCUGAUUAUCUGUCAGAGAGUAGGUGUGUUGGUCACCUCAUUUUUCUGUUAACUGAACCAAAACAACACCAACCUGCACAGUACAUAUUAAGCUAGCAUAACUAGUCAGCAACUAGUUAUUAUAUCUUUAACCUUAAAGCUUGACUUUAAGGUUCAAAUCAAGCUUGCAUAACUCACCUACUUCCCACUUCUCUAUAUUUUUUUAAAAUUAAAACCUUUUCCUGACCUGUAAAAUGGGAUUCCCUUGUAUCUUGUGAUCUAGUUGGCAUAGUGUUGACAAUUAAAAGGAAAACAUUGCUUCCCUUUUUCACAUUCUUUGCAUUAUUGUUUUAUUUUCCCCGAUCACUGAUAUUCCUGACUCAAUACAUAGUAAUGGCGCACGUGUGGCACAUAAGUCACGUAAUGUCCAGUCCAGUAACAUAUAUCAGUGGUUGACAUAUGCUUAACUCUGAUGGAUAACGUUUCCCCGCUUAUCGCCUGUGGCUAUGGAUUUUACAGCGAGAAGGAAGCGGUCUGUGACAUCAUAACCCGUGAAGACAACCCCUCCCUGAAGGAAGAGGAGGAUGAGGGAGAAGAGGGAAAAGAUAAGACGAUGCCAAAUAAGCAGAGAGAUGACCUGGCUCGUAGGCGGGGCCAAAGCAGGCCCCUCCCUCAGAGGGACGGACCAAUGAGCUUUGUUUCCUCCUCCAUGAGUCCGUCUGAUGUACAGAAGUGGGAGAGGCUCAGGAUGACUGAACCAAGUGAGGAUAGGCCAGCCCCCGUGUGUCAGGCUUGUCUGCAGAGAACUUACGGAAUCAGCGGAUCAGCAAAGGCUGGACGAGGUCAUGGCAGGGUUGUGACCUUUGGGGGUCUGACUGAGAUCGAGCAGCCGACAGAGGCAGUCACAGCGGGAGGAGGGGAGGAGCCAGAGUCAAUUAGACGACUCCAGUCCAAAGCAGCGGUAUCAAUGACUACCGUUGACCUGAGCUCCUGGCUUUCAGAGGGGAAUCGCAGUGUUGUCAUGGAUGGAUGUGCAUCCUCCCCUCCCCCUGCGGAACACCGACCCUGGUCGGCCGAACCCACCCCUACAGCUGCCGAGAUAGACGCUCGUUUUGCUCUGUACGAGCAGAGAGCAGAGGCAGAAGACGAAGAAGAGGAAGAGGAGCGGAUCCCCGACCUUCAGAAGGACGACAUGAUGGCCAGGAGGACAGGUGCUUUCCUAAAACAAACAGCUGGCUCAGCAGAUUUCAGGCGUUUCCUGCCUCCGCCCGGGUCUGGGUGGAGCAGCCGAGGGGAAGUUGCCACUGAUGCUGUUCCUCCAAGCAACAAGGAAGUGCUCAUUGGCACCAGAGCGGCCAGCCAGCGGCCCAGAAUCCCAGAAGAAACGCCUCACUGCCCAGUAAUCAGAGCAACGACCCAAACUGAAGGCCAACCCAAUGAGUCCGAUAGAGACAAGAACAUCCCUGAUCUGGACAGAGACGACAUGGUGGCUCGGAGGAGCGGGACAUUCCAGAAAGCGGCCAUCUUCAGAGGAAAUCAGGGCUUCAAUCAGUUCCUGCCGGUCCCUGGGUCGGUCAGACACAACAUCAGUUCAGAGACUGCAGCAAAGCAGUCAGGCAACACGUCCAAACUCAGAGCAGACAUGGACGGAGGAAGCAGCUUUGUUGCCAUGGCAGCGGAACUUGAAGCUCCGCCUUUCAAAGCCCUGUCGAGUCCGGCGUGUCCUGGGCUGGCAGGGAGGCAGGUCCCUGACGCAGCCGUUAUCGAUACGAUCGAACCAUCCUCUUCCUCCUCCUCCUCACUUAUACGUCCUCCCAGUCCUCCCUCGACUCACACCUGGAGGGUGGAGGAGCAGGUAGAGGCGGGGAGAGAGGAGGAGAAAACCGAGGAUGGGAAGAUGAGGCGGGAAAAGAAACCAUGCUGGCUGGAGGAUGAGCUUCCUCCAAUGAUGGUGAGCCGACGAGUUGCUUUUCUCUUAGACAACGAGAGUGUGAGUAUGGGAGACAUGGCCAACGAGGACGAGGCAGGACACGUCCCUUCGCUGAGCCCGUCGCGAUAUGAACGCAUGCACCAGCAGUACAAUGCUUUCGUGGAGGAAGAGGACCAGUGGCAGGAUGACCUGGCCCGCUGGAAGAACCGCCGCCGCAGCGCAUCACAGGAGCUGAUUAAAAAGGAGGAGGAGAGGAAGAGGAUAGAGAAAAGGAUGAAGGGGAACGGAGUGGACGGCAAUAAGAGGAAGAGCAUUAAGACUUACAAGGAGAUUGUGGAGGAGAAAGAACGCAGGGAAGCUGAGUUGUGUGAAGCAUACAGACAGGCAGCGACUCCAGAGGAGGCAGCUUUGGUUUUACAGCGCUACGCCCUCCGCUUCACCAUCAGUGAUGCAACACUGGACAGCCUGAAGCUGCCCAGAAGCACCAACAAACCCAACCAGUUCCUGAACCAGACGGAGCAGGAGCACAGCCAGACGUCAGGCGACGGUGACUCAGAGAGGCUGGAGCAUCCAAACCAGCCGGACACAGACGGUCUCACUGAACAGGAACGCUGUGGACAGACAGAGGACAGCCAUGAAAAACAUCAGUCUGGUGUGAACCUCAACAGCUCUUUGGAACCAAAUGCCCUCCAACUCAAAGACACAAACUCACACAGUGAGCAGCUCCAGUCGGAACAGCUUCCUGAGCCCUCCUCCCAUCUGACAGACCCCCAUGAUGAGCAUAAGAAUCAGCCUGACCCAGGAGCCCCUCAGCCCCCCACUGAACCUGCUGCUGCACCUCAACCCAAACACAAACUGUCCUCCCUUCCAUCUGCACCCUCCAGACCGCUCCCCCUGCUGGCGGCCAAGCACUACUGCCCGCCCAGGUGUUCUCCUGAACACAAACUUGUGGAGGUCCAACAGCUGGACGGGUCGGUGCGGCUGAACGGAGAGACGGCUGAGGACUUCGCUUCCCUUCCGGACCUGCUACAGGAAAACCCAGCCAUUUCCUCCCAGCACACGCAGGAACCGGAUCCCCCAGAGGACAGCGCAGAGCAGCCGGAACCUCCACUGACCGAAAGACCAGCCCUGACUUCAGGCUCCGCCAUCAGCUCCCUGAUCGCAGGCCGAAACUGCAUCAUCACCACCACCAUCGUGACAGAACUUACAAAGACCCACGUGGAGCCGCUCCACCCAGACGUCCAGGACGACGUUGAGGAUGGAGCCACUGAGACGCCAGCAGAGAAAGGGAAUCCUCAGCCUGUUCAGUCACCCAGCAGUUUACCAGAAUACUCUCCCAGUGUCUCUGAGGGGCUGGAGGAGAGCAGCGUGACUAUUGAGACCCCCAUGUUGAACUUGGCUAAACGUGUUAAUCACUGGGUCUGGGACCCCAAUGAGGAGCGUAAGCGCUUGGAAAGCUGGCAGCAGGAGCAGGAGCGCCUCCUACAGGAACAAUACCAGAAAGAACAAGAGAAGCUGAAGAAAGAGUGGGAGAAGGCCCAGCUGGAGGUGGAGGAGGAGGAGAGGAAGCACAAUGAAGAGGAAAGACGAAUUUUAGAAGAGACUGUAGCCCCUCUCAGUCCCUCUGCCUCAGUGCAAAGGCAGCCGGAGCGUAUAGCCACAGCGCCGUUUUCUGCCGAAGAAAACAACAAUGGCGCAGUGAGAGGAAACGUGUCUGCUCAGCAGAACGGACAGAAAAUCCACACAGGAAGUGAGGAUCAGCACGCGUCCAAGCUUCAUUUUUUCCAGGAUUCUGGAUGUGAUGAACUGCUCCCACAGAAACAGGAAAUGUGGAAGACGUCAUCUCUGGACCGCAGCCCUCAGACCAACCAGAUGCAAAAUGUCAAAAGAUCAGGAUCACAUGAUGCUGUAGCAGGUAAACAGGACGUCUCCCCUUCAGCACCUCAGCCUCCGUCUCCCAGCAGGUGCGUCAGUGGGAAGCGACUUUGUUCGGGCUGCUCCAAACCUCUGGGAAGAGGAGCUGCUAUGAUCAUUGACACUCUGGGCCUGUUUUUCCACAUGCAGUGUUUUAAGUGUGGCGUAUGCAAAGGGCAACUGGGUGACGCUACAGCAGGGACCGACGUCAGGAUUCGGAACGGACUGCUGAGCUGUUAUGAGUGCUACAUCGCAUCUCGAGGCAGAGGUCAGCCCACUCCUCUAUAAGAACUACGUGAAUAACUGGAACUACAACACUGGAGGAGCUGAAAGAAUAAACUCCAGUUCUGUAACUACGAGUCUGGCUGUUUGGGAAAAGCCUGGAACCUCUGAAAUAUUCUGUUUUUACUCUGAAUUGCACAAACAACAGACUCUUUUUGCUUUGUUUUAUUUUUAAACUGGACUGAACCUCUUGACAACGUACUUUGGAUGUACUUCUUAACUGUACACAUGUAAACGCCUGUUUUAAUGUGACUGGCAUUGAUAUAUUCAUGGGGGGAAAAAAAAACACAUUUAGGGGUUUGUACAUCUAUGCCUGAAAUUUCCUUCGUUACACGCUAAACCCUUAAGCUGAACAUUAAAUGUUGACACCUUAAAUCCUGCUUUUGGACUGAUGCGACUCCAUUAUUUCCAAAUGUGAUGUAAGGUGAUUCAAAUUGAAUAACCUAAAGUAGCUUGAUGAUUGUAAUGCCUUACUCCUAACUUUUAACACAUAAUUUUGGUUUUGUGUUUACAGUUUUGCAUGACGAAAAAAACAUAUAUAAGUUAUUGUGGUGUUUUCUCAGAAGGACAGUGAGCCUUUAGUUUUAUUUUGACACCAUUCUAAUCAUUUUAAUGCUUUACAAUCCCUUUUAACUUACAGAAACUGUUCUUCAAAUUUCAUUUUGCAAAAAUGGCUCUGCAUGUUAUUGAUGAAUAAGUAUUUUCCCGUUUUUGAUGUUUUAGCUUUACUUUCUUCUCAGACUGCAUCUGAAUCAGUGCCUUAUGUAAUGAAUGCAAUGGUGAGGUGUUGUAUGCUCAGUUUGACCUUUGGGUCUAGGCACAAUGUGUGUGAGUGGGUGCAUGCCUGGUAUAGAACUGUUGUGCGUGUGAUUUAAUUCAAAGUACAGUUAUAUACCAGCAAAUAAUGUCUGAAGAACCACUACUUCCCCAAAUAACCCACUGUCUACUUAGAGACAGAAAGUUAAUUAUUUUCUGGCGAAUCAAAAUGUCCUGAAACCUCUUCUAUUUUGUCUAAGCGCUGCCUCUCCACAGAUUUAUUCUUCCCUCUGCCUCAGCUUGGUGUAAACACCUCACAGCCAUGUUAGCCCUCAGUGGAACAAAGCUCCGAUUGUCUUUUAUAACAAGUGUAUGUUUAUCAAUAAAACAAUUUAAUCUGG